AUGGGCAGGUGGAUGAGGAGAUCUUGGUCGGACAACUGUAUACUAAGCACAGGUACAUACAAACAUCGUAAGGUAACUGGGAACGGGGAAACUAGCCAACCACCUGUGCAGUCAAAUCGGGUAGGUGGCUGGGGAAAUCAUGGUUGGACACCUGUACUAAGCUCAGGUACAUGUAAACAUCUGAAGCGAACUGGCGAAUGGGAAAACUGGCUAACCAUCUAG